AGCUCAUGGGGCUCUUUCACUGUCAUGCGGAUCUAUAGGUGUUUCAUUGUCAUUGAUGACAUGUGGGAUAAGAAAUCAUGGGGGUUGAUCAGAUGUGCUCUACAAGACAGUAAUCACAGAAGUAGAGUAGUUGUAACUACUCGUGUUUUUGAAGUUGCCACAUAUGUGGGUGAUGUUUACAAAACGCAGCCACUUUCCCGUAAUGACUCUGAAAAGUUAUUGUAUACAAGAAUAGUUCAGGGUGAAGGGAAAUGUCUUGAUAGUUCGUUGGUUGAAGUAUGUGACAAAUUUUUGAAGAAAUGUGGCGGUGUGCCAUUGGCUAUCAUUACAAUAGCUAGUCUAUUGGCCAAUAAACCUCAGGAGGAUUGGUCUGAAGUGUACAGCACUAUUGUCUUGGGGCAUGGAGGCAAUGAUGAUGUGGAAAACACUAGAAGGAUAUUAUCUUUGAGUUACUAUGAUCUGCCUUUGCAUCUGAAGCCUUGCUUACUGUAUCUAAGCAUAUUUCCAGAAGAUUAUUAUAUUGAGAAAAAUUUGUUGAUAUGGAAGUGGAUAGCUGAGGGUUUCGUACAUGAGAAACAAGCACCUGGUGUAGGGUUAUUUGAACUCGGGGAGGGAUACUUCAAUGAGCUCAUAAACAGAAGCAUGAUCCAGCCAGUGGAGGCUGAAGACAAAGGGUAUGUAGAUGGUUGCCGUGUUCAUGAUAUGGUGCUUGAUAUGAUCUGUUUAUUGUCAUUUGAAGAAAACUUUGUCACUGUGUUGGACGGCAGUGAGAAACAGGAAUCUCCAAGGAUCAAGACUCGCAGGUUAGCCCUGCAGCAUAGGAAUUUUGAAGAGAACAGACAUCAGUUGGGUAAUGUGGGGGUGGACCAACUGAGGUCCUUUGUUGUGAGUGAAUGCGAUGGUAUUACUGUGGAAUCUCCAAGCUUUCAUGUCUUACGUGUAUUAGCUCUAGAAAAUCAUUUUUCUCGGAACUAUUACUGUAAACAUAUUUUGCAGCACCUUGGAAAUUUACAUCACCUUAGGUACCUUGGGCUACAAAAUGUUCGAACCAGCGAACUCCCGGAUGAAGUAGGAGAUUUAAAAUUUUUACAGGUACUGGAUCUAUCGGGGACUGGAAUUCAAGAGUUGCCAGAGUCAGUGGGCUUGCUGACAAAACUGUUGUCCCUACGAGCUAAUGAGGGUACAAGGGUGUCGGCUGGUUCGAUCGUGAAGUUGACAUCCCUGCAGGAAAUGUGGAUAUGUCCCGCUGAUAUAAGUCAGUUUGUGAAGGUGCUAGGCAAGCUGAGAGAACUAAGGGUGCUUCAUACUAGCCUUUUUACUCAUGGACAGGAUGAGAGAACAGAUAGAGAUUUGCUGGAGUCCCUACAAAAUCUACACAAGAUCCAUACUAUUGACAUUGGGGGCUCAUCAAGAAUGAAGAGUGUCAUGUGGGAAGCAGGAUUCACUUCCCCUCGACGCCUCCGACACCUGCGAUUGCGAUCCUUGGUGUUCUAUAGAAUGCCUGUGGGGAUUAACCCGUUACUUCUUCCAAACCUCUGCUAUCUAGAUUUGCAAGUGCAGAUCGUGAAGGAACAGGACAUGGAAACUCUUGGGAGGUUGCCAGAGCUCCGCCACCUAAAACUGUGUUCGUGUAAAACCCAUGUGGUCAGCGUUGAGAAGGCUGCUGGUGACGGCUACUUUCGGAAGUUGAGAUAUUUCAGCACACCCUGUUCAUUUCUCCGGUUUGAUCUACAUGGUGUCAUUUGCAGCACAAAGACUAUCAUGCCAAGGCUUGAAUCCCUCGAGUUUUUUGUCCGUGUGCUGUUCCUAAGAGAUGCCAACCUACUUGGUUUUGACAAGCUGCUUGGCUUUGGGAACCAUGGAAGAACUUCACUAAGAAGAGUUGAAGCUACCAUGGCAUGUUCGGGUGCCCGUGUCACGGAGGUGGAGGAAGCGGAGGCAGCGCUGGCACAAGUGGCUGCUGUCCAUCCCAACCGCCCUACCCUUAAAACCACAAGACUGGGUGACAGUAAGAUACAUUCACCUUACAAAGAGGUACGUGCACACACAUCUAUCGAUUGGAAUUUGUGGUUUCAACAAUUUAUUUGUUCUCUUAAUUCACCUAUUCUUUCCUUCUUUUCCAUUCCUGCGAUUAAUUAUAAGCCUUGAUCAGGGUCUGAGCUGCCAGCUAGCCACACGAUGUGGCAUUCUUCUCUUGUUUAGUUCCUUUAUUCUUAGUAUGUGCCAUGGUUUAGCUUUUCAAUAAUGGAAUUCAAUUCAUCCUCUACAGUCUACAUUGAAGAUGUAUCCAGCCGAUCGAGAAAAUUCCUUACAUGCAUCUAAAAUUUCAGUCAAUCCAUUUCAUACCCGCGAAUUCUACUCAAUCCCUUCUAAGACCCCAAAUUUUGGUUUUGGUCCCAUAAAUACUCAUUCCAUUAAUUGACAGGCAAUUGACCAUUUAGUAGUUAUGGAAAGGUCCAUUUUACCUUAGAGCAUUGAAUGGAUGUUGGGAUUUGUGGUGUGUUAGGUUGGCAGUAUAAGUUGUCGUGCAAGGUUCACACUAAAUUCAUAACUUGUUGUAUGGGAUCAUGAUAUAUUUUAAUUCCGUCCAACUCUUGUGCUUGGGCAUAGAAGGAGUUUUCUCCAAUUUAUUACGGAAUUACACAAUUCAUAGUUUAUCUUACUUACUUGUCCAUUCAAUUCUUAUUUUGCCGUACUCAGCCUACAAGUGUCAAUCCUAAAGUUGUUUUCCAAAAUGUCAAUGUGCGGGAGAUGAAGGAUGACGACGGUUACUUUGACUUCCAUUGGUUGCUGCGUAACCCAUGGGUCAAGAAAUUCGGUGUCUCCAUCUUCUGUGAGGAUCUACGCUUCAGGAGGUGGAGAAAGCAGAGGCGGCUGCGAGGUGCGCAGUCGACAAUCAUCCCAACUCUCCCACACUUGACAUGAUGAGAUAUGAUGAAGAUAAGAUGGUGUUGUCUGACCAACAUCAAGAGGUAAAUCGCCUCUGUGAUCUCUACUGGAUUAAAAGAGUUAAUCCCCCAUUGUUGUACUUGUUACAAGUAGUUAUGAAGCUAGUUGACUUGGUUACCAAGUUUUUAGUCUCCAAUCCUAUCCCUUAUUACUAGUAGCUAACAAUAUAAAUUCUUCUCCAUUUGAUUCCUAUUUAUGGAGGUACUUAGCAAGCAUGCAUGCUGUGCUGCUAUGGUGAUUUCAACCUUCCAUCUAUUGUACUACUAAA